CAUUUUUAUGAAAAGCUGUUUUGAUUCAUCAGUGGACCCCUACAGACUAAAGAAAUAUAAAUAAUCAAGGAAGGGACACAUUCAGACUUAACGAGCGGACUUAAUGAGCGCUUCAAAGAUAACGGUCGCGGGGGGCUGGAUCCAAUCUCAGCUGUCAUCGGGCAAAAUGUGGGGCACACCCUGGACAGGUCGCCAGUCCAUCGCAGCAGCCUCCUCUGUCUGCCAGGGCUUCCUCCACGGCGUCCUCCCGGCUCUCCCUCAUGCCUCGCCAGUCAGCCUGCCACCACACUCCUCCACCAACCCCCCAGGUCAGGUCUCCCGUGCCUCCUCCCUUCCUCGGUCCCCGGUGCCCCUCGGCUCCCUUGUCUUAGCCCCCUCUGCCCUACUUGCUCCUCGGUCCUCCGUGCCUGUGUUCCCCGCCGGCCACCUCUCCCUCACCUCCACUCCCUCAAUCCCCUUUUUCCCUAAUAAAACCUGUUUCGUCUGA